UGCAAUUUGUGAAUUUGUUACGCAAAACAAAUCCGUCGAUUACAAUUGGUCCCCCCUAGUAGCUGUUGCGAAAAGAAAGGAGAAAAUUUUGGGACCACAGUCACGUCCACAAGAUCGAGAUAUGAGUCCGUCUUCAAGGAAGAAACCGUGUCACCAGACGGGCUCGGAGUGAUCUGUGUAACCUCGAAGACUAGAUCGAAUCGGAUUCCACACGGGAUCCCUUUGGUUCCAAGGGAAAGCAACAAGAUCGAACGAUGCCAGCCUGCACCAGCGAGAACAUCUCGCGACUAUGGUCGUCGAGUCCGCCGAUCUCGAGAAGCAACAGCGUGUCACCGCUUAUACCAAGCUCGCCCCUGUCAACGUCGCCGCCUUCGGCGUCAUCGUUAUCGACGUUGAAACGGUCGAUAUCGAAUGUGUCAAAUUCAUCGAACCCGUUGAAUCUGCCGAGCCUGUCGAACAACUCGAGCACACCACCGGUGAUAUUGUCAUCCAGACGCCAGCAACAACAACAAAAGAUACAAUUGAACCACCAAACUCAGUCUACACAGGGUCAGAAUCAUAACCGAAACGAUCCAUUGCUGUUGAGGAUACUGAACGCGUACUUCGGUGUCCUGAUCGGUACGCUGCGCGGGAUCCUCACUGUGAUCAGCUACGUGAUCUGGGCACCUGCGUUAUGGGUAUCGGUAUGGGUCUACAUGAUCUGGCUGAUAUUCCAAUUUCCUUUGACAGCUCUCAAAUGGUUCAUCACCGUGCUCCACACGCCAGCCUCGGAGAGGGUGCGCAGCAAACGUUGCGUUCUGAUCAGCGGCGGCGGCACCGUGCAGACCGUUCAUCUGGCACGGAAUUUCUACAAAGCCGGCGCCAGAGUGGUGGUAUGCGAGCUCGAAGGUCUGUUCGGUUUGGCGAAGUACUCGACCGCCUGCUCGAAAUUCUACACGAUCCCGAAACCCGGCCCGGGAACUGUGAUCGAGUAUAUAAAAGCCCUGAAGGACAUUGUGCAGAAAGAGAAGGCUGUGUACUAUAUACCGGUUAGCGCCAACAACACGGCCUACUACGACGCCCUAGCGAAACCGUAUCUUGAGGUGAUGGGUUGUGAGUGUUUCGUGCCCAGUUCCAGUGAAGUUGCUUCCCUGGACGAUCCUCUGGAGCUGUUGCGACGAUGUCGGACCUUGGGACUUCCGACCCCUUAUCACACGGUGUUGCGUUCCACGCAGGACGUCUGCAGGUUGUACGAGCAGAACGCGUUCGCCACAGGUAGAUACCUGAUGCUGACCGCUGGCCCGGCUGGGAUGAGGGACAGGGGCAAGAUAGUCUUGCCUCCGACCGUUAGGGAAUUCAGGAAUCAACAGCACGAGAUCACCGAGAAUAAACCUUGGGUUGUGAUACGCGAUCCUACUGGGAAUCAUUAUAUCACCUGUACAACGGUGAAGGAGUCGAAGAUCGUGGCGAACGUGACCUGUCUGGUGGACCAGGAACGUGGCUUGAUACCAGAGGAACGACCUGAGGUGACGCAAUGGCUGGACCGAUUCUUCGGCCGUUCGUUCGGCUGGAGGAUCAACGGACACUUGAGCUUCCGUUUAGCGAUCACGGACGAUGGCGAUCUGGUGUCGAUCGGUUGCCGUGUGGGCGUCAGUUUACCGUACAUUUGUCACACUGGAGUUCAUCCACGGCUCGUCUGGAAACCGUGCAGACACUUCUCCAGACAGAACUCUGACGUCUUCGCUGCAGCGGACAGGCAUUUGCUACCGGACGCAGUCGCCAGCGCUCUGAAGCUGCCAACCGGGGAGACGGCCCCGCAUCUGUUGGGUACUGUACUCGACAAACGGGAGGCUUUGUUCGCAUAUUGGGACCCGUUACCCUACUGCGCUUAUUAUCAUCUUCAGCUCCCGUUCAGGCGACUCGCAGGCAUGAUCAGGGCGCAACCGGCCAAGCACAAUCCUCCAUUGGCGGUAGUGCAGUAAUACAGACGCGUUUAGAUUGCCCGG